CUGUUCUUCACAGGCACGCCUCCAAGCCGAAAUAACCGAUAUCUACGCACUAGCCGUGACAAGUCCACACAAUCUCCACCACAGUCUCCCAUCGUAGUUCCCGAGACUCCACAGCCUCCACGUUCUUCAUCUGUCUUAAAUACCCUGACCAAGGCAACAUAUCUCAUCCAACCGCGGACUUCUGUGCCAAAAUCCCCUCAUCUACUGAGUGCUAGUUGCAAGAUACGCCAGUCCGCUGUGAGUCGGUCAUCCGGAGCAAGGACUCACUUAGCCACUAAACAAACGGCUGCUCAUGUAGACAAUGCUGCUCGAAUGAUGAUGGUAGCCAAUGGAAAUGCCAACGUUUUGACUCAUCUCGCAAUAGCCAGUCGCCGUGGAAACUACGACAGCCUCAAUUAUGCCCCUAUGGAUCAAAACGUGCCUUCACAAUCGAAAUCUACGCAACCGGCCAGGAUUGGA